AACUGUUAAUCUGAAUCUUAAUCUUAAUCCUAGGCUAUAGUUUUUGGAACAACAGGGACGAAUAUUGAAAAUUGUGGUAUAUUAAGUUUCAGGAUUGACGAAAAAGAAGGCUGUGUUUUUCUAUUAAGCAAAGACAGUGACAACGACAACCAAAAUGUAUUACUUCAUUUAAUUUGCGAAUAUGAGAAUACCCCAUAUAAUCGACGGCAAUGUCCAGAAGGCUUACGCCCCAUCGCCGGAGAGCGUGAACCUCCUCGGCGAACAUCAGCGCAAAAUAAUAGCGGAGAAUUUUUCGUGGGAUAAAGACCGAAUACCCUCCUUGGCGGACAUUUGCGUACACGCCAUAAAGAAGAAUUUUCAAAUAAGCUCGCUUUUACACGAGCUGCCCUGCUCAGAUCAGGCUUACCUUUUGGAGAUUUUACCCACCAAUUUGCCGUUGGACAUUGCGAUUAAAGUAAUCGACAAAGACUACUACUGGGAACGUCGCUAUAAAUCGACGUACGGCGGAGAAGCUGAAAUCAAGGAAGAUGGGUACAGCUGGAUGCGCUUUUAUGUGGAACGAUAUGUGCGGCAUUUGGUGGAGGAAGCCGAACCAGAGAACUUCGACGAAGAUUCCCUGGACAACAUUCUCGAAUUGUGCUGUCCGUACGUCAAAAAAUUGCGCGUCCGUCAGCUACAGUGCUGGAAGCCUCUGUUGACUAUGGAGAAGGAUGAAAUACCUGAAGAAUACCCACUCGAUCGAAUAAAUUUCAAGCCUAUAUUCAGAAAAUUGAGCUUAAUUGAAGAGUUCAGUCUCGUAUACGGAAUGAACAACGUGGGCGAAAACUUCAGUAAAAAUAUGUAUCUGAUAUCGGUGAUGGAUUGUCAAAGGCUCGGUAGGGCCCUGCUAGACUUGAAAUAUUUGAAAAUUGUUAAAAUUCACCGAAGCAGGCUAGAAUAUUCGCAUUGCCGAGCUCUGUUCCAAAAUUUGAUGAAACACGGACAAUUUACGGAACUUGACUUGUCAAAUUGUCACAUUGGUGACACCGGAGCUUUGUGCGUUGCUUACCUAUUACAAAAUGGCACCAACCUUUCCACCCUAAAGUUGGCCAAUAAUGGAAUUGGAAACAUCGGCUCGGAAGGUUUAGGAUUUGCACUGCAGUGCGGUACCUCCCCAAACCUAACAAUGCUGGACCUCAGAUUAAAUCCUCUGAAGACUGACGGAACUAUGGGUAUACUGCGAGCAAUGGUACGGUGCGCGUUACCAACAGAAAUUUCGUUUGCUGCCUGUCACUUCGAAGAAGACACUCCAAUUAAAGUCUGUCAGAUGUUGAGACUAAACCAGUCAUUAAAAAUACUAAAUAUUAGCAACAACUGGUUUGGGAUGGAGGGUGGAGAGCAUAUCGUCGAAGCGCUGGAAUACAAUACGACUAUCGAGUGGGUCGACUUUCGAGAAACAGGGAUUUCAAGUGACCAAGGCGACAGAAUCAAAGCCAGUCUGGCACGGAAUAAAAAAAUAGCAGAAGUUGGGUUGGAAACGGAUAUAGGCGAACUGCAAACCGGAAAUGUAUUUUACGAAGCAAUUGUCUAGAA